GUGUCCCGUCAGGCAUUGCGGCUGGGUUCUCCCACCUUGACCAUCGGAUCCGAGAGAGGUCGGGGGAGAGAACAGCAAUGGCGGCCGGUUAGCUCUAUACAAAACACUAAGUCCCCAAUCAGCCGCGCGCACCACAUCGCUCCGAGGAAAGCCAGUUUUACACAACACGGCGGAGCCAGCGAGACAGGGACGGAGCUGAGACACGGGCUUUAGGGGGCGGGGAUCCCUCCGCGGAUCGUUGCUGCCUGUGGAGACUUUCCUUCUACUUAAAAAAAAAAAAAUUAUGGACGAACACCCCGGCGGAGGAGGGGUCGGAACGAGUGCCCCACGACAGCCUCCGCCACCGCAGCAGCAGGGGAAUAACAGUAGUGCUAAUCCGCCAAUUGGAGGCGGUGGUGGCGGAGCAGUCAUGGUACCACACCAGCCCGAUGAGCUACCUCGGCCGCAGCAGCAGUACACAAUCCCCGGCAUCCUGCACUACAUCCAGCAUGAGUGGGCCCGGUUCGAGAUGGAGAGGGCGCACUGGGAAGUGGAGAGGGCCGAGCUUCAGGCGAGGAUAGCCUUCUUGCAGGGGGAGAGGAAGGGCCAGGAAAACCUGAAGCAUGACCUGGUUAGAAGAAUAAAAAUGUUAGAAUAUGCAUUAAAGCAGGAAAGAGCAAAAUACCACAAGUUAAAAUAUGGAACAGAGCUAAACCAAGGAGAAAUGAAGAUGCCAAGUUUUGAAUCAGACACCAAAGAUUCAGAGGUCUCUGCUGUUCAUGCCAACAGUCAGCUCACCUGGAAACAAGGAAGACAGCUGCUCAGACAGUACCUACAGGAAGUCGGAUACACAGACACCAUCCUGGACGUUCGUACUCAGAGGGUUCGCUCUCUGCUUGGCCUGUCGGGCUCAGAGCAGAAUGGAUCUGUGGAGAACAAGAACCUGCAGCACCUGAUCAAUGGGACCGAGCGCCGCAAGGACAAAAGGAGUCCAGGUGAUGUUCUGGAGACUUUUAACUUUCUGGAAAACACAGAAGACAGCGAUGAAGACGAUGAUGAGGAGGGGGACCUGAUGGAUGACAUCACCACUGACAAACAUCACAGAGCCAAGAAACAUAAGACCAAGGUGGGAAACGAGGGCUUAGCGUCAGAGGAUGAUGCCGACACAGAGGAGGCUCUAAAGGAGUUUGACUUCUUGGUGACGGCUGAGGAUGGAGAAGGGGCGGGUGAGGCUCGGAGCUCCGGAGACGGGACAGAGUGGGCGGAGCCUCUACCAUUUCCUACUGGCGGGGGGAAGUCCUUCUUACUUGGGGGGUCAGAUGAUGUGUUGGAGAGCGUGCUGGGACUGGGUGACCUUGCCGACCUCACAGUCACCAACGAUGAAACAGACUAUGGCUAUGAUUUGCCGUCCAGUAAGGAGUCUUCGUUCAGGAAGACAUGGAACCCCAAGUACACGCUAAGGAGCCACUUCGAUGGUGUCCGAGCACUGGACUUUCACCCCGUUGAGCCCUGCCUGGUCACCGUGUCCGAGGAUCACACCCUUAAACUGUGGAACCUCACCAAGACUGUCCCUGCCAAAAAAAGUGCCUCUUUCGAUGUGGAACCGAUCUACACAUUCAGAGCCCAUGUUGGACCAGUGUUGUCAUUGGCGAUGACCUCCAGUGGUGAACAGUGUUUUAGUGGUGGUCUUGACGCAACCAUCCAGUGGUGGAACAUCCCCAGCUCAAAUGUUGAUCCCUACGACACUUAUGAUCCAAGCGUCCUGGCAGGUUCCUGGUUAGGACACACGGACGCUGUGUGGGGAUUGGCAUACAGCGGUAUCAAAAACCGUCUCCUGUCCUGCUCGGCCGACGGAACAGUGAAGCUGUGGAACCCAACAGAGAAAAACCCCUGCAUUAGCACUUUCAAUACAAACCAUGAGCAUGGGAUCCCCACAUCAGUGGACUUCAAUGGUUGUGACCCUGCUCACAUGGUGGCAUCCUUUAAUAGCGGAGACGUGGUUGUGUAUGACCUGGAAACUUCCCAGCAAGCACUUGUGCUCAAAGGACAGGGAGAUGGCACUCUGUCGGGGUCAAAUCAUAUAAAUAAGGUGGUGAGUCAUCCCACGCUUCCAGUAACCAUCACUGCUCAUGAAGAUCGACACAUCAAAUUCUUUGAUAACAAGUCAGGUAAAGUGAUUCAUGCCAUGGUGGCUCAUCUGGAUGCAGUGACCAGCCUGGCCGUGGAUCCCAACGGCAUCUACCUGAUGUCUGGCAGUCACGACUGCUCUCUGCGUCUGUGGAACCUAGACAGUAAAACGUGUGUUCAAGAGAUCACAGCUCAUCGUAAGAAGAGCGAGGAGGCCAUCUACGACGUGGCCUUCCACCCCUCCAAGGCCUACAUUGCCUCCGCUGGAGCCGACGCCCUUGCCAGAGUCUACGUAUAGACGAGGAAGAGAAGAUUUAAACAACAGAAAAAAGAAAAGAAAAAAGAGGAGAUGACCUCGAGGUGAGGGAUACAGAGACAGACAAAGAGAGAGAGGGGCUAGUCUGUACACAAACAGGAUUCAGGUCUGUUCAGGUCUCUGAACACAGAAUAUAUAUUAAUAUGAAAGACUGGAGAAUCUCCAACGGACAACUGAACAAACACACACAGGUUUCUUACACAAAUUUUUAAGUUAAGAGGUGGAGUGGUGUGAUCUCCCUACAGCUAAGAGACAGCAGAAACGCGUUUAAUGAUCAACUUGGAGCAGCUUGCCUGAAACCCAUCUGGCCCCUCACAAAUCCCUAAGGUAGCUUUGACACUACAUGCCUGUCCCUAUUCACUAACACUACUGUGACUCCUGAUCCCAGACAGAAGAGCUGGAGCUGAGGGCAGACGUAAAGGAAAAAUCCCCCCAAAAUUAGACCUGGUCAGAGCUGGCCAAGGAAAGCAGCCUGACAUCUAGAUGAGUUAACCCAUCGCUCUUUUAUUUCUUACUGUUGUCAUUUAGCAUCGUAAUACGGCGGUCAAAUGUAGCACAUUAAACUGUGGAAUCGUAGCACUACAGUCUACAUGUUGUGGGGACAUUUUUGCACCUUUCCCCUGUUUCUCUUUCUGUCCCACUGGACUCAAUGCUGAGAACUGAUUUUUACUCAUUUGGUAAAUGUUCAGGCAUGUCUGAGAGGAGACAGUUACAACUCGAAAAAUGGCCCUUGUGAGAAGUUGCCUGGAAUCUGUAUUGAAUUCACCCCCAUUUGGCUAAUUUUUCUCCAAUAACUCUAAAGAACUCUACUUUCAAGGCAGUUCAGAGCAGGCUUGCAGUCCCGAACAGUUAUAAUUGGCUGCCAGUGUUUUCUCUAUGUUUGUUAUACAUUAUAAAAGCUCUAUUACUCCCCAGGUGUUGAAGCUUCAGUGGCAUAUGAAACCAAAUCUAAGCACAACUGUAGUGCAUUAAGCAGUCUGCUCUCCCAGUCUGACACUUCACAUGAGGUGAUACAGCUAGAAAUGUCCAAGAGUGGAGCAUUCUAAUGAGUCUCCAAAGUCUGCACUUUCUCCUACUGUAAUCCAUUUAGUAGAGCUAACCACUAGUUGAACUAGCAAAAAUAUAGAGUAGCAAAGAAUUCGAGUAGAGUACAGUUUUGUACUGGCUCUCGCCUGCCUCAGGAGAGAGCAUAUGUAAAACAUCCUCUCAUUACACUGAUUUCCUGUCCAGACAAAACAGUCUGAAGAAACAAUUUUGACAUUUUCAUGGCUGUGCUAAGCUCUGGUAAAACAGGAAAAACUUAAACACCAGUGUCUUUGUUGUGCUUUGUUACACACUGCUUCUUCACAGUGUUUACGUGGAGAAGAGCGUCUCUGUUCAGAUCUUUUUUGUAUGUGUCACAUGUCCCUGAUUGGCUGGAUUCAUGUGAAAGAAAACUGAAAAGCAACAAGCAAACAUCUGACCCAGGUUUCUGAAUGCGGCCAGCUACCUGCACAGAAACAAAAAAUUGAACUAUGUCAUAGACUAUCAUCAAUCUUUAAAUGCCGAACACUGAAAAGUAGCAGCUAUUUAAGUUGAUUUUAGACGUUUGGCCUGUUCAAAAUGAUUUCCAAGUUGCAAAAAUACCUAGUAAUCAAGUGUUUUGUGUGUAGUCUAAUUCAUAUGUGCAUGAGUUUAAAGUGCAUUUUAAUUAGCUGCUCAAAAAACAUUUGCCAAUUUAUAAUCAUACAACAUCUAAGCUGUUCCACUGGUGGACAUUAUUCGAGAUGCCCGUGUCCCAACACAGGAAGCUGUAAGCUGUUCUAUGUAUCAUCCAUAGUAUGAUCAGAAUAGGGGUACUUGUGUCCAUGGAAACACUCCUCCUCUCACAACAAUUUCAGCAUCUGUUUAGUGACAGUGAAAUCAUAUUAGCCACAUUAAACCCUGCUGUAAGACUGCCUGAGGAACUGUACUAAAGAGAAAGCCCGGAGGUUAAUCAGAUGUUGGAGUCACAUCUGAGGGGGAUUUUUCCUUUAAACCUUCAGAAACGUCAACCUGAGAACAGAACAUGUGAUGUUUGAACUUGUUUUUUUCUCUCUUUCACUUUUUAAUAAUUAAAUCUGAACUAAAGCUUCUGCAAAGCAAGUUUUACAGUUUGUAAAUGGGGAAAAAUUAAGAAGAAAUAUGUUUUGAGCAAACAGAAUGGAUUUAAUAUCAGAUUUUGUUUUUGCCUCUGAGAAUGUUUUGGUGAGAAUGGAAGUUUGGUUAAUACUCACCGACCUCAGCCUCCUGCUGGGCCUAUCAGAGCCCCACGUUUAACAGUGUAACAAGCGGAGGAUUCAGCAUUACUGUAGUUACAUAUUUCUGUUUGUGUAAAACAAAUCUAGUUUUUAUAGUCCUUUUUAAUUCUUUUUAAAAAUCCACAAUAUAGUUACUGCCACAAUGGAUGACCCAUCAACCAAAAACCUCACCUCAGUCUGAUAUGUCAGGACGUCUGGCUUCAGUUUUGGGCCCUGAUCUCAGAUCAUGUAAACACAGGAACUGCUGCUGCUGAGUGUUGAGACAGCUGAGGAGAGGGUCAGCUGUAUCUGUUAGUGUCUGUCCUGAUGUUAAAUAUCAACC